GAGAGGUGUCUGACUCACAGGUAGGUGGGGCGAGGGUUCAUUAUGCAGAACCAACUGUGCAGCAGUGAAACACACACAGGAGGGCAAGGCUGAUGGCUGUUCACUUAAUCUCUGCAACACGAGUGUGAGAUUCCUGCCAGGACUGGGAUAAGGAUUACUGAGCACCAGGCAAUACAAGCCCCUCCAACAAAUGCAAUUUAUAAGCGCAGGUUUUGGGGAGCAGGAUGACAUCGCUGACGGUAGUAGAACACGCCUUUCCCAGAAAACACAAUGAGAGCAAAAGGGGAGAUGAUGUUUUUUAUUUAUACGGCUCUACAUUUACCCACAUCAGUGAAGAAACAGAGUAUGUUAGAAAGAUACGUGGAACUUUGGAAAAAAUUAAUGGGCAGUUAUUUAAGAAUGAGAGAAACACUGAUUAUGCCAAUUCCAAUGAAGAUGAGAAUGUAGCAAAUCUGCAGCAGAAUGGCACCGGGAGAUACGAAAACUUGUUUGAGAGCAAAUACAUCCAGAUCGUUGACAAGUUGGAAGAAAAAGAACUACGGUUGGUUGAGACUCAUAAAGAAAAUGCAGAUCUUCAGAUAAAGCUAGAAGCCACCCGGGAGGCCGGAGCAGGCGCCCUAAGGAACGCCACGCGGAAACUGUAUGAAAACUACAGCAAGAAAUCUGAGGAACGGCGGAAAAGUCACGAGGAGGAGAAGCAAAAGCUCCAGGCCUCCGCUGCCGACCAUGAAAAGGAAUUUAAGCAAAGCAUUAAGAAAUUGCACACUAUUGCGGAGAAAAUCCAGGACAAGCACGAGCGAAUCACAGAGCUGCAGAAUCUCAUGCAAAGGAUGGAAGAGGAAAAGUCCAUACUACUUGAGAAGAGACGGUUACUAGAGGAGGAGAUUUCUAGAAGGAUGUCAGACCCUACUAAUAUAAAUGGCUGUAGAGAUACACGGACAGAGAUAUCCACUGUAGAAGAGCAGAUCCAUCACUUGCAGCAGCUCAUGAUGUCCCAACACCAGUUCCUUCACGCAUUGAUACAGGAGAGCGAAGAAUUAAAAAAUCGACUUAAAGAGCAAGACCUCACAAUCGAGGAUCUGAAGGAUAAAAUCAGUUUUCUGGAACAUCAGAACAGAGAACUGAAGAACAACAUAGAUCACUGGUCUCCCGAUAAGACAAAGGUGUCAAAAGGAACAUUAAUAAAGGAGUCCAUGUUCGACAUCACGUCCCCUUACUCCAGGCUUUUAAAUUUACGAACCAGAUAUGUCACAGAAAAGAGCUGAUCGGUGCUUAGUGGAACCUUCCAGCAGAAACAAAGGUCCAUUCAGGAUUUAUCACAAGAAGAAGUAGAGUGACAUCAAACCUUACCCAACAGUGUUGGAUUUGACUCAGUAGUGCCUAUUUCUCAUUCAUUUGCCUGCACAAAUUUUUAUAAAAUGAGUUGGAUUUUUCCUUUUCCGAAAUCAGUGCACAUGAUUGGAAAAUAAAUGAUCUUUUAGAUGUGCCAGAACAGCAACAUAUUUGAGAUAGUGUUGAGGAACAUCAGUGUGGAGGUCAAGACCUAUAAUUGAUCAUUACUCUACACCGGACAAAUAUUGCGCUUAUUAUUGGGGAGAUGCGGAAACAGGGGUAAAGUUUCAAUAGCCCAUAGCCGCCAAUCAGAAGCCUGCUUGAUUGAUUAUAGACAUGGCCAAACCACCUUUGUUACCAUGUAAUCUCCUGAUAUGAAUAGUUUAAUACUGAGUGGUGAAAUAAUUCUGUACUUUCCAAAUGUCCCAUUUUUUUUGCAGACAGACAGUCCUAAUACGCAUCAUACAGUAGCUUGACGAAAAUGGGCCAUGGUUUGGCUCAUUUGUGAAUAUUGCUGGGUAUUAUGGGAAAUGCCCUGGGUGAAACAGAUACAUUGCUAAAGAAAUGUCUGAGUUUGGGGAUGUAGCAUUUUGGAAUCAGGAAGGAUUUUAUUUUUUACCUCUGCCGUUAACUUGAUGUAGGAAAGGAAGAAUCUGAUUGGUCUGUAACUGGGCUGGAGGUACCUUGCCUGUGGUAUCUACAAGCGGUUGUAUUUGUACUUUCCAUUUUAUGAAUUCCUAAUUAUUAAUUGGUCUAAUUUUCGCCUCAACAGUCUGUACCCAUAGAACAUGAUCAAAAUUGAGUCCCAUAAGAGCAAAGACGCACGGUUCUGUACAAAAUGCCAGAAAAUACAAAGCAUAGUCUCUGCUGAAAAACUCAAAUCAUUUUUUGAUCGAUCUCACGAUUUGAGUGUUUUAGAGGCAAUUUCAGAGACAAUUUUAUAGGGUAUUAAGGUGUUAUUGCCCUUAUGGGUAUAGAACAUUACACUGUAACCAGAAAGGUUAGGAACAUUUAUGACUUGUACGAAUGCCAUGAACUGUUUGUAAUUUAAAAUGUAAAUAUAAUUAUGGCAUAAGACAUUUCAGAAAA